AUGACGUUGUGGUCGCUGCUGCAGGUCGGGCUUCCCUGCAGGAACCCCGCGGUCCGCUCAUGUCACUCUGCUGCGCCCGCCCGCACGUCCCGUCCGUUUGGCUCCGACCCUCGCCCGCGCCUCCCCUCCUUGCAGACAGCGAUCCUGCUAGUCAACGGCGUCGCCGUGCUGAACGACGAGCGGUUCCUGAACAAGCACGGGCUGUCCUUUAGCGGACCGCAGCCAGGCUCAGGAGGUUUCGGUCCACCGGACCAGGGGGGCCUCAAACAGCAAAUAGCUGGCUUCGUGCAUGCUGUGCAGUACCUGCGCGUGCCGCUCAUCGCCGUGAACAUCGUAGUCAUGCUCGUCAAGCUCGUGUUCGGCUGA